GGCGGCCGGGUCCUGGCUCAAUGUCUGCUGCUGGUUAUGGCCGCCUACGCCCACGCCACGCCCACAAGUGAGUACCUGGGUUACUGUUCCACGCCCACAAGUGAGUACCUGGGUUACUGUUCCACGCCCACAAGUGAGUACCUGGGUUACUGUUCCACGCCCACAAGUAAGUACCUGGGUUACUGUUCCACGCCCACAAGUGAGUACCUGGGUUACUGUUCCACGCCCACAAGUGAGUACCUGGGUUACUGUUCCACGCCCACAAGUGAGUACCUGGGUUACUGUUCCACGCCCACAAGUGAGUACCUGGGUUACUGUUCCACGCCCACAAGUGAGUACCUGGGUUACUGUUCCACGCCCACAAGUGAGUACCUGGGUUACUGUUCCACGCCCACAAGUGAGUACCUGGGUUACUGUUCCACGCCCACAAGUGAGUACCUGGGGUAUUGUUCCACGCCCACAAGUGAGUACCUGGGUUACUGUUCCACGCCCACAAGUGAGUACCUGGGUUACUGUUCCACGCCCACAAGUGAGUACCUGGGUUACUGUUCCACGCCCAGAAGUGAGUACCUGGGUUACUGUUCCACGCCCACAAGUGAGUACCUGGGUUACUGUUCCACGCCCACAAGUGAGUACCUGGGUUACUGUUCCACGCCCACAAGUGAGUACCUGGGUUACUGUUCCACGCCCACAAGUGAGUACCUGGGGUACUGUUCCACGCCCACAAGUGAGUACCUGGGUUACUGUUCCACGCCCACAAGUGAGUACCUGGGUUACUGUUCCACGCCCACAAGUGAGUACCUGGGGUAUUGUUCCACGCCCACAAGUGAGUACCUGGGUUACUGUUCCACGCCCACAAGUGAGUACCUGGGUUACUGUUCCACGCCCACAAGUGAGUACCUGGGUUACUGUUCCACGCCCACAAGUGAGUACCUGGGUUACUGUUCCACGCCCACAAGUGAGUACCUGGGGUAUUGUUCCACGCCCACAAGUGAGUACCUGGGUUACUGUUCCACGCCCACAAGUGAGUACCUGGGGUAUUGUUCCACGCCCACAAGUGAGUACCUGGGUUACUGUUCCACGCCCACAAGUGAGUACCUGGGUUACUGUUCCACGCCCACAAGUGAGUACCUGGGUUACUGUUCCACGCCCACAAGUGAGUACCUGGGUUACUGUUCCACGCCCACAAGUGAGUACCUGGGUUACUGUUCCACGCCCACAAGUGAGUACCUGGGUUACUGUUCCACGCCCACACGUGAGUACCUGGGUUACUGUUCCACGCCCACACGUGAGUACCUGGGUUACUGUUCCACGCCCACAAGUGAGUACCUGGGGUACUGUUCCACGCCCACAAGUGAGUACCUGGGUUACUGUUCCACGCCCACAAGUGAGUACCUGGGUUACUGUUCCACGCCCACAAGUGAGUACCUGGGGUAUUGUUCCACGCCCACAAGUGAGUACCUGGGUUACUGUUCCACGCCCACAAGUGAGUACCUGGGUUACUGUUCCACGCCCACAAGUGAGUACCUGGGUUACUGUUCCACGCCCACAAGUGAGUACCUGGGUUACUGUUCCACGCCCACAAGUGAGUACCUGGGUAUUGUUCCACGCCCACAA